UAUAAUGUAGGUCAAUAUGCUAUCCAAGUUCAUCAUAAGGAAAAAAUAAAACAUAAUGGAGAGGUAGAUAAGCAGAAUACUCUUCAUAAAUUCUUUAAAGUAGACUUUCAUGAAGUUGAAGAACAAUAUUACGUAUUGUUUUCGAGAUCAACUUAUUACUAG